CAACGGUGUGAUGUGUUCUAUUCUCAAAAUAACAUAUAUUGCAAAAUGAAUCUGGACGAUAAUAAAUAUAAUGCAUACAAUAAUCAAGCCUAUGAUGGAAUGGAAGAUAUUCCUUUACCCGUAUAUACAGAAACUUACGUUCAACAAGGGUCUAAGGAAGUUUUUGAUACAGGAUUUGACUCGUCUAGUAGUCACAUCCAAAUAAAUACGACGGAAUCCGUUACUUUGAGCAAGGUAAUUUCAUCUCAACCUCCAAGAAAUGGACCUGAUGAUGAUCCCAAACGUGGUAUAAGGAGGCCUAUACCAAUAUCUGUCAUUGACAGAGAAAACUUUUCUACUAGUUUCCACUCACCUAUUAAUGGCAUGGAUUUCUUACGAAAUGCUGAUCAACUUAUAAUUCAACAAAAUUGUGAUCUUACUGAUUUGAUGGCCGAUACAGAAAAUAGAUACACAGUCAAAAUUCCAGCAAGAGAAAAUGCCGAAGCCAUUUAUUAUGCUACAGAAAGUUCUAAAUCUUGUCAGAGAAUGUGUUUUGGAUCCGGCAGAGGUUUUAAUAUGAGGCUUUAUGAUAAAACUGAUCAAGAAGCUAUGUCGUUUAAAAGACGCUUAGCUUGUGGCUAUUUCACUUUUUGUUUCAAGUUACAGAAAAUGGAAGUUUGGAGUCCACCUGGAGAAUUGGUGGGAACAAUUUGCCAAAAAUGGAAAUUAUGUAAAAUAUCUUUCGAAGUGCUCAACAGGCACGAGCAAGUGCUCUAUAUUAUUGAAGGACCAACAUCGUUUGCAUGUUUUCACAAAGCUGAAAUGUUUCAGAUAUACACGUCUGAUGGUGCAUCCCAAAUCGGUACCAUUGUACAUCAAUGGGAUCCUGUAUCUGUUAGAUAUCAAUUACUUUUACAAAUGCCCAGUUCAAUAACCGACAAUCGACAUAAAUCUUUGUUACUUGGAGCAGCUUUUCUAGUGGAAUACAUGUUUUUCGAGAGCUCUCGCAAAAAACUUAGCCUAGGAUGCGUCUGUUGAAAUUGCCUUUAUUUUAUAUGUACCUAUUACCUCUUUAUAAUAUAUUAAUAAUUGUAAUCAAAAUGACUGAGAAACGUCAUUUUCAUGCUGAUAUUUAAAAUAAAAGAAUAUAAUUUCAAUUAAUCAGUAUUAUGGUAUUAUGCAGUUAUUGUUCUAAAAAUUUGGAUUCUAUAAAAAGGAAAGAGAAGAAUCAAAUAUUUAUAUAUUUUUUAUUUUGCAUGUAAGACCACAGCUACAAAUAAUCAGUUUUCUGAAACUGGAAAAUUUAAAAUAAUUUAAUAAUUAUAAACAACAAAAAAAAAUAUACACAAUAUAUAAAAUAUUUAUAUCUAUAAACUUACAAUUGCCGCUAAUUUACAAAUAACUAAAAAUUCAACAAAACCCACAAAAAAAAAAACAAGUAGUAGAUAAGCGUUUUGUUCAUUUCAAAGACAGUUGUAAUUAAAAUGGUUAUUUUCUUAUUUACAUUCCUAAAUGUACAGAGGUUAUUAUAAACGGACCUAGAAUAGAGGUCACCAUUAUGCAUGUAUAGUGUUUUUUGAUAGGAAAGCAUAAUAGGUAUGUGAUUCGUAAAAAAUAAAAUUAUUAAUAAAUUGGUUACACUGGUUACACAAAAAAUAUUUUAUUGAAUAAUGACUAAAAACUGAUCUUUUGCAAAUAUACCUAUUAUUAAAAAUAUUUUCUACUUACAUUAUUGCUACAAAUACUUCAAAUUAUUUGAAUAUUGCCUAAAAAAUGACAAAUGUUUAUCACUAUUAUACUGCAUUUUAUGGUUAAGUAUUUUUAUAUUUUAAAUAAUGCAAAAUAGAUAUUGAAUGUGUACCUAUGUAUGUCUAUAUUACAAUUUGUGAUACCAAAAAAUAUUCUUAUGUAUGUGUACAAAGAGUUUCAAUUGAAGCUACAUAGUUUUUAAUGUUUAUGAAUAUAAAUUUAAUGAAUUUGGAGUGGACAUUUUUUCUUUACAUUUUCUAAAAUAAUUUAAAUUUGGAAAUAUCUUGACGCUUAAGGCUAAAGUAAAAAAUACACUGAUUUAUAAAAAGUGAGGGAAGUGUUUGAAAUUAUGACAUGUAUUGAUAAUCAUUAAAACUUGAAAGCAAAUGUAUGAACAAAUCGGAAAGUUACUAUAUUGCUCUUCAAAAGAUUUGAAGAAAUCUAUUAUUGAAUGGGCUUUUGUAUAAAAAAAAAAAUAUACAGCCAGAAUAUGAGAUAUAAUAUUAAUAUUAUACAUUUUUUCUUUAAAUCUUAGCACAAUAAGAGUGGUACUGCCAGAAUUUUUUCAUAUUGGCUAUUUUGCUGACAAAAAUACAUAAUUAAGUAUGAGCAAACAUUCUAUAUUAUCAAAGGACUGCCUCUCCUCAAUGCUAUUUUAAACUCUCCUUCCCUUUUUACAAUUCAAUGUAUACACAUAUUAUUAACAUUUAUUGAACCACACGAAAAAAUAAUAGUCCACUCAAUUAUUAGAGAUACAACUCCUAAUUUUAUUAAACUGGACAGAAUUUAUUUUAGAAUGGACAGGUAGAAAGGUCUAGUUUUUAUUCUAUAUGAUCAAUGUCAAAAGACUAAUCAAUUUGGACGACUAAACCUUGGUUGUGGUUGGUGAUUUAAAACACAUCACUGAGCAAUAAUAAUUAUAUAAAUCAUAUUGGACUAGAAGAUAUUGCGUCUUAUACAAUAAAUGUAACAUGGAAUGCAUUGGUUAAUGAAUAGAGAAUAAUUCCCUAUUCUCUUAAUAAUUUUAAAAACUAAUUCAGCUUAUUACUUUUCCAUGUUGAUAUUAUGGGUGGUAGAUAAAUCACAUAAUAAUUAAAUACAGGAUGUUUUAUCCAAAAAUGUGAUAUUUUGCAGUGUCAAAGUAACAAAAAUUACAAAAUGUAGUUCAAUCAGGAGGUUUUUUUAAUAGUUUUCACCAUUUUUUUGUAAGAGCUUGUCUGCACAGAUAAGCAUUGAGAAAUUUAAGAGUUUUCUAAUGACCUAUACAUUUUUUUUCAAGAGUGGGUAGAUGGUUUUCUGAUGGUUCAUUUACAAUUUAGUUUUGUUUGGAAAUUUAGCACAUCAUCAAUAAAUCUUAACUCAUCCUCUCCAAACCACAUCUUGUUACCUUCGUGGUUAUUCAAACGGCAAAAUUCAAUUUUUUUGGCUCUAGCACCCUCUAUAUGGCUGAAUCAAAUUUAACAACAUUUAUUUUGCAAAAAAUAUCAGCAAAAAUAUAUCAGCUAUUGAGUUUACCCUAAUCUAAAGACACAGAUAAUUUUUAAAUACUUUAUGCCUGACUUCUAAUUUCAUAAUUUAAUGUAACAUAUUAUUCUCUUAUAAUCUAAAAAUUGGCUUAGAUUUAUAGCACACGCAAAAUUAUGUUUUGUUGAAUGCGGUCCAACAAAGCUAGCCAAACUACACAAGACUUAACAGUUGGCAUAUUAUAAAAUUGUUUGUUACUAAAAAAAUAACGUGUAGCUUGGUGAUUUUGAUAGUGCUCCUGUGCGAACUAACAAUAUCACAGAAAUAAAUGCUUAAAAACAAGAAAACCUAGUGACGCAACAAACACAACUUGGUCAGUGCUUACAAGUGUUUGUUCUAAAAAUAUAAUGCUACAAUAAAAAACAAGAACAAUCUACCACACUCUUUAGCAACACUUAUUUUAUUUCACUGGUCAAUUGUGCUGUUACAGAAGCAGAGGUAGAUAUGUAUGUGGCUGAACAUAUACAACAAAAAUUAUUGCAGAGCUUGUUGGCUUCUUUUUUCUGUAUCACUCGAGGGAUAAAAACUUUUGGAUUUUUUCGAUAAAAGUUGCAGUUGUUUAUUGAUAAUAAAAUACCCUAAUAGCACAAAGAGGUCACAAAGGCGAAUGUCAAAAAAUCAAGGAAUUUACAACGGACGCUUGCUUUUGAAAAUGUUCAUGAGGUAACUUCCACCACACCUGCUGAGCAUCUUGUCUUGAUUUGAUUUUAGUAAAUUGAUAUUAUUGUUAAGGUAAUUUUAAUGCAAGCAGUACAAUUAAUUUUUUUUCUUCAACUCUCUAUGAAUGAGAAAACUUAACAAUAACCAAUUUAAGUGCAAAGUAUGCGCGACAGAGAAUUUCCAUCAAAUUGGCGUAAAACUAUAGGAGGUACGUUUUAUUUUAAAUUAUAUGAAUAACAACUAUGUAGAUUCCUUUUAUAUGAGAACAUAAUAAUAAGAAAAAAAUUGGAUGGUCAUUUUCAGAAGGUAAAAGGUCACUUGAUAUUUUCCUUUGUGCCAUACAUAAAUAUUGGUUUAGAAAAUGUUCAACUAAAAGUUGCAGUGUGCGUGCAUUUACCUCAAAAAUAGUUCCGCGAUCUCUAAUAAAUAGAAAUUAUCUACAUAACUACCUACAUUGAGUACAGUUAUUAAAUGAGCAACAUUUUUAGGGUAACAUAUUCAAAAAAUUUUGUAGUAACUGAAAGUUCUGAAGUUAAACAGACAUCAGAAACACAUACCUAGAUUGGACCUUUUGUGCAACUAAGGUAAGUCAUUGUCUUUAAAUAUUGCUAUUGCAAGUUAUUAAAUUUUGCCUAGGUACAAUUUACCUAUGAUCCUCAAUUAUCUUAUUAUAAACUCUCAUCAUAAUUGAUGUUUACCCCUCAAUUAAAUAAUAAUUAAAAUAUUACCUAUGGAAUAAAUAGCGUGCAACACAAACAGUGUAUAAAGUGCAUAUUUGGAACUAUAAAAUGGCAAGGACGAUUACAUUUUAUGCCAUGCCAUGGACGGCACACGUACAAAUAUAAAUGUGCCAGGUUAAUCCAGGGGCUAAUGGAAGCAAUUAGGGUGGAUCUAAUGGAUGGUUAUAUAAUGAGUCUAUAUAAUAAAAUGGUUUCUCUAAAAUUUGGCUUAUACCAAUAAUCGAUUUUUUUAUUUUCUGAAAACUGCGAUUCUUGUGCCCCAACUGAAGCCAAAUAUACCUAUGUUUUUCAGAGUUAAUGUUGCUUUACUUUGCCUUUGAGCUCACUCGAGUUCCAACGUUGUUUAAUCCGCUAUUCCUUGACUUUGAUCUUUGCAGAGUGCCAUCUAACAAAAUAGAUAAAAACAGUGUAUUUUGAUAUGCUUUCCGAAAUAUAAAAGUACCUACCUUUAUAAAGCAAGUUGGCUGCUUUAUCCAAUCUCAUUGCCCUGCCUCUACGGUCGAGAGUUAAUUUGUCAGCUCUGACAAACAUUCCGUGUUUUGGUUUGCAAGUAAAAUAACGAACUUCAUUGAUGCUCCCAUCAUUUUUACCUAGAACGAGAAAUUAGAGUGACGGAAAUAAUUUCACAGCUUGAGUGAGUAAAUUAAUUAAUUAAAUUAAUAACAAUGAAUAUUAAAACAUUUAAGAAAAUUAUUGAUGAAAAGCUACGAACGUGAGUAUUAUUUUUGUUUGUUUUCUCCACUUCGAUCUUAAAAAAAUAUGUGUCACCUAAUUUAAUGCCUCGAGUAUCAAGUAUGUUCAACUUUUGAAUGAACUAAAUUAAAAUUCACCUUUAGGUGCAUCUAGCUCUACUCCAAUCCAAAUUCCCGAUGCGAAAUCGGUUUCGCCAAUAUAAGCAACCACCCCAGAUGAAUUGGAAGGCCUGAUAAGAACACUUUCACCCAACACGACCCAUUCAGGGACUGGAAAAUCUGAAAUUUUGGAUAGGUCAUGUCUUGACCCAUAGCUACUAUGCCGAUCAUCUAAAAAAUUGUUAUUGAUACAGUUGACAGACAGAAAAAACAUUAGUCUUUUCUGACCUUCAAAUCUGUCCGAAGAAGUGUUCAUUAAAUCAGCUUCAUGUGAUGAUAUACUUAGACUCAUAUUAUCCAAUUUCUCCAUUGACCGAUUUCUCAAACUGGAACGUCGUUGUGAUGCCGAUAAAGAUUUCGCAAUAGAAUUUUUUGUAGAAUGUUUUUUUCUUCUCACUACCCUACCAGGUGACAAACUUAGUUUAAUUAUAUUUUCUUUUUCUUGUGUUAAGUUUGAAUCGCUGUUUGAACUCUGCACCAUAUCUUCUGAACUUUCUUCAUUUGUAGCUGUGUCUUCUGUGUCAUCUUCCGGUAACGUUAAUCUCUGGAUGAAAAAAAUUAAUUCCCUAUAUCUAGUGGAUCAUGAUAUUCACUUACCAUAACAUGCGACACAACUUUUUCAGCUCUUAAAAUGGACUGUGCUUCCACAUGAAGAGGUUUACACUCCAAAUCAGGUGUAUCGUCGACACUAAUACUUUUUAAGGACAAAGAGUCGUCACUAGAAAGAUUAGUGAUUGAUACAGCUUGGGAACCGUAUCCGCUAGAACUAGCGGAUGGAGUGCUGGUUUUGGGCGCUAAUUCGGUGAGAGAAUCUAAGGUACGGGAUGUAGGUAAAAGGGCCCGUUUUGUACUCUUUCCACCCC